AGGGCGCUCGUGCAACCGAAGCAAUGACACACAUCCAAGUCUAUGAGAAGAAGAGAAGUGAGCGAGGGAUUGGACGGGCGUUUAAACAUGUGAAGUGGAACACAACAGUUAAUUUUGCUCUAAUUCUGUCGUAUUUCAUUCUGUGAGUAGCCUACAUUUAUUUUAUCAUUUACUAGGGGAAAUCUAAAUCCAAAAGACUACCGAGUCGGUUAAUUUAGUGAAUCACUCAGAAAUUAAUUGACUGAUGUACAUUACGCUUGUGAAACGAGAAGAAGGAGCAAGCAGGAGGAAUUACUCCAGGAGAAACUACUGACACACUAUUGUAAAGAUGGAGUUUGAGGAAGAACCCUGUGGAAUAAAAGAUGAAGACACUGAGGAACAAAUAGACCUGAUGGAAGUGAAUGAAGACAAACACCAUCAAUUCACAAAUGAAGAUGGAAAACUGAAAUAUAAAAAUGAAGAUAAACAACAUCUGUUUCAAAAUUCUCACCAUUUCAAAAAUGAAGGUGAAAAUGCAGUCGUUUCAAAGACUGAAGAGAAUUUCACACAAAAACAAGCCGGAAAAAUUGGAGUCAAAGGAUUUUUCACCUGCUCUGAGUGUGGAAAGACUUUAAAACAUAAAUCAGCCCUUAACAGACACUUGAGAAUUCACACUGGAGAAAAACCAUUUACCUGCUCUGAGUGUGGAAAGAGUUUCAGUCGCAAAGAGGACUUAAAUGUGCACAUGAGAAUUCACGAUGGAGUUAAACCAUUCACCUGCUCUCAGUGUGAAAAGUGUUACAGACACAAACCAAACCUUAUAAAACACAUGACAUCUCACACUGUAGAGAGGCCUUAUACAUGCAUUCAGUGUGGAAAGAGUUUCAUUCAGGACGGACAAUUUAAUGAUCACAUGAGAGUUCACACUGGAGAAAAACCGUUCACAUGCACUCAGUGUGGAAAGAGUUUCUCAUCCAAAAGCAUUCUGAAAAAGCAUAUGCACGUUCACUCUGGAGUGAGAUCAUUCAGCUGUGAUCAGUGUGAUAAAACAUUUGUUUUUGAAUCAAACUUAAGAAGACACCUUAAAAUUCAUACUGCUGUGAAGCCACACGUUUGUUCUUUUUGUGGAAAGAGUUUUUCACUACUGCAGUAUUUAAAAGAGCAUGAGCGUAUUCAUACUGGUGUGAAACCUUAUAUGUGCUUUGACUGUGGGAAGAGUUUUACAUCAAUGGGCAACUUACAAGAGCACCAGAGAAUUCAUACUGGAGAGAAACCGCACAAGUGCUCACACUGUGGAAAGAGUUUCACCCGAUUAUCUCAUCUACAGACUCAUAAGAAAAAAUGUUGCCCAAAGAUGUCUAUUGAGCAAAGUUCAUGUUCAGAUCCAUCAUUUAAAACUAGUGUGUUGCAUUAAAACUGAUUUGUGAAGGAA